GACCGGCUGCAAGGAGUCGGUUAGGGUAGUUUUCACAACAGUGCCGCUACUAUAUAAUGAGCGAAACACCAGCGCUGGUGAUUUUAGGGCGUAACAGAAGAAACAAGCCGUAGAAGAGGGCUCUCUUUUGUGGAGCGUAUUUUAUCCUAUUUUCAAUCGCUAUGGAUCGGUACCACAGAGUUGAGAAGCCAAGGGCUGAAACUCCAAUUGACGAGAAUGAAAUUCGGAUUACAAGCCAAGGACGGAUGCGCAACUAUAUCACAUAUGCCAUGACCCUACUUCAGGAAAAAGGUUCUAAUGAAAUUGUUUUCAAAGCAAUGGGAAGGGCUAUAAACAAGACUGUGACAAUCGUGGAAUUAAUCAAGAGGCGAAUUGUGGGUCUUCAUCAGAAUACCUCAAUUGGCUCCACAGACAUCACUGAUACAUGGGAGCCCUUGGAGGAAGGCCUUCUUCCAUUGGAAACAACAAGGCAUGUCUCGAUGAUUGUGAUAACCCUUUCAAAGAAGGAAUUAAAUAAAUCCUCCGUCGGGUAUCAGCCUCCACUUCCUGCGGAGCUGGUGAAAACAUUUGUAGAGUAUGACUACGAGGGAGAAGGCUCACCUCAUGAUCAGGGUCCAGGACGAGGUAGAGGACGGGGCCGUAAUGGCAGAGGAAGAUCUAGGGGUAGAGGACCCCCAGGUAAUGGCUUUGUGGCCAAUGAAUAUGAUGAUGGAGAUUGGGACCGUAAUAGGGGUGGUAAUGGAAGAGGGAGGGGUCGAGGGAGGAGUGGUGGUAAUUUCCGUGGACGUGGAAGAGGAGGAUACAAUGGACCUCAAUUUGAUUUACAGCAAGAUGGAGGAUACAACCAAGACUUGCCAGCUCAAGGCCGUGGGCGUGGACGUGGAAGGGGUGGGUAUCGUGGAAGGGGCCGUGGUUUCAGGACUAAUGGAGGACCGAUCCAAGCCGCUGCAUGAGGUGCUGAAAGGUUAAAAUCCUAAUAUUAUGCAAUAUGAUGGAUGACUCCUUUAAUGUAUCAUUAGGAUUCUCUCUUUUAGUUGCCUUCUGCAAAGGACAACUAUAUUAACAGUAGGAAGUUGGGUUUUUUUUUUUUCCGGAGUCAUAAUUAGAUGGAAGUGUUUAAAAGAGCUGCUGCUAUGUGAGGGUGGCAACUCGUUUUCUUGUAGAUUUAGGUGAGCUACUUGACGUUUGUAUUCUAUUUUUUUAAAAAAUUUCUUGGCCGGACUGUAUUCUUUUAUUUGAGUUCUUAGGAUCUUCUGGCGUUUUUCA